ACACUCAGGAACCCGGAAGCGGCGUCCCGGCGGCUGGGAGAAGCCGGCCCCCUGUAGCGCGGCCAUGCAAUCCCCGGCCGUGGGGUCCAUUCUGCUCUCGUCUUCGGCCCCCGCCGGGGAGCCCCGGCUGGCCCGCUGGUUGCGCUGUGGCAGCGGUAUUCUGGCGCAUCUGGUGGCUUUAGGCUUCACCCUAUUCCUGACCGUGUUGUCCCGACCCGGGACCAGUCUCUUUUCUUGGCACCCUGUAUUCAUGGCAUUGGCGUUCUGCCUGUGCAUGGCUGAAGCCAUCCUGCUCUUCUCUCCUGAUCAUUCUCCAUUCUUCUUCUGUUCACGCAAGGCCCGCAUCCGACUGCACUGGGCAGGGCAGACACUGACCGUCCUGUGUGCUAUCCUGGGCCUGGCCUUCAUCAUCUCUAGCAGGAUCCGAAGCGAACUGCCCCACCUUGUGUCCUGGCACAGCUGUGUGGGGGCUCUGACGCUGCUGGCCACCCUUGGGCAGUCUUUGUGUGGGCUCGGCCUCCUGUGCCCCCGGGCAGCCAGAGUCUCUCGGGUGGCUCGCCUCAAACUCUACCAUCUGACUUGUGGUCUGGCGGUCUACCUGAUGGCCACACUUACCGUGCUCCUGGGCAUGUACUCGGCAUGGUUCCAGGCCCAGAUCAAAGGGGCCGCCUGGUACCUGUGCUUGUUCCUGCCUGUCUAUCCAGCCCUGGUGAUCAUGCAUCAGAUCUCCAGCGCCUAUUUGCCAAAGAAGAAAAUGGAAAUCUGAAUCUGCAUCCCUACCUGGAUCCCCUCCUUCUCCCUUAGCCCCCAAACCCCCCGGCAGUUACUUUCUUCUUCUGUGGCUUUUCCUAUAUUAUUCCUCCAACCUAAUGAGGCAGCCUCAUAUUUUAGGAACUCAGAUUGCUGUGGGGUGGUGACUGAAAAGCCCAGAAAUAGAAAUAACAUCAGAAUUGGGUGGAAGAGGAAGAUGAUAAGGAGUAGAGAGCCUAGACCCGAGUUUGUGGCCUUUUGGUCAGGGCAUUAUGAAGAACUGGGGUUCCCUAUAGGUGGUUGAGGUUAUUGAGGGGUGAGGUUAUAUUUGUUUAUGAAUGGAUGCAUAUCCCAACCUAUUGGAGAGACACGGUGGAGGAGUCAGGAGUCCUGGUUACUCCUCCUUCCAGCUCUGUCACAAAUUAGCUGGGGGGCUUUGGCUUAGCUUUCAGGGGCUGGGGAGGACCUCCCCUUCCUCACUUCUAGUGUGAGGGCAUUGUAUCAGACUAUCUCUAGAAUCAGUCCUUCUGUGAGGUUGACUUUGAGGAUGGCACCUCUGCCCUCCCAUAACACGUCCCUUAGUGCCCUUAUCCUAGAGACAAAUCUUCAUGGGGCCUGGACCAUGGAGCUGACCCAGGGUGGUCAUUCUUAGGUUUACUUAGGGCUCCCUUCACUGGAGAGUAGUGUAUACAGGGGGCCUCUUCUCAGGUAUAGACUGACCAGGCUUUGGAGUUGUCAAGGGACCAGGCAGCCUGGGGCCAUUUGAGGUGUUCAAGGCUCCAGAUGGUGAAGCACUAGAGUCACUUUAACACUUUGGGUGGGGAUGGGGAUUAGAAAACUCAGCCAUCCCUUUCCUUGGUGGACUUUGAUACCCCCUAGCCAAAGCUCAUCCACCUUGGUUGGGACAGGAGAACUGAGCACCCUCUUAAGGGUGGAUUUCAGAGGAAGCAGCCUGUGCUCAGCCUUGUCAGGCUGGGUCCUGGGGCUUACUGGGUCUUCCCUGUUCCCUUAAGUACCGUCCCUAGGAAAGGAAGGUGAUCCCAGAGGUAUCUGCAAAGUCUCUUGACAGGGAGAGAUUAGAUUGACUAUUUAGGGGUACCGAGAUGAACGGGUCAGUUUGUGUGGUUGCAGUGUAUCCCCUCCCCUUCCUCUCCUCAUUUUUUGAUACUUCCUUAGACCCCAUCUCUUGUCACAUUGUAUCUUGGAUGGUCAGAAUUUGGGCCCAGGUUCCUGGUGAAUUGAAUUUAGUUCUAGGUGUCAAGGGAUAGGCGACUCUAAAGAGAUCUGGUUGUGGUUUCCAGGCCUUUUCUUUGUAUCAGGGUACCUAACUGGCAAAUUGUGGUCACUUAAGAGGUCUGUUUUGGUCUGUUUUAGCCAAAUGGGACUGAGCCCCGGAGCAGGGCAAGACUUUGGGGAAGUCUAUUAUAGAAGGGACUGCAGGAGGAGCCCAGGGGAUUCCCCGGGAGUGCUGGCCUUACCGACCAGAAAAGAUCUGGGGUCGGAGCUUAGUCUUCUAGGAAUAAUGGAUCCUUGGGUUUGGGGAUGAAAUCCUUAGACACCUGCCUGGCAGGUGACAGUGCCCAGGACGGUGCAUCAGUAGGGUAAGAAGGAAGGAUGGAAAGGUUCACAGAAUAAGCCAGAGAAGGGCAGGAGUCCCCAGGCCUAGGAAGUGGCCAAGGGGCCUUCCGAUUGCCGAGCAGCCCGGGAUGACCAUGCAGGUGAGCUACCUACGGGGUUGGGCUCUGUCCCUGGCAGCCUUUAUGUUCUUCCUGCUUUCUACUCCCUUCUACAGUGGGAAUUAGUGGGGGAACUUUAACUUUGCCGAGCAGGAAGGGAAAGCGUUGUCUCCUACGGCUUGUGUUCUGCGUAUGUGUUGGGACAGGGGAGUUAUGGAGGCAAAGGGAAAGGAGGGUUCUCGGCUACUGGACAAGCUGGCCCCCAGCCCUCCCAUCCCAUUGCCCCCACCCUUCUGAGCUGGGCUGGCCGUGGGAACCGGGUCCCCCUUGCUCCCGCCAAAGGGAGGCUGUGGCCCAUCGGGCCGGGCCUGAGAGCCAAACCCCGGCACUGCACUCAAGGCUGAGCCUGCGGGGUGGUGUAACCUCCCAGGUGGUGAGGGGGCGGGCAGGCGGGGUGCUGACAGCCAGCCGGCAGUUUGCGGGGGCCGUGCCAGCUGAUGUCUAUUCCCGGCCAUCGAUGAGGAGAAGCCAUUUCAGUUCUGCGAGGGGACGGGCCCCAGCUGCCACGGCCUUCCGGCGUCCCCCACCCCUGCGCUCCGCACUGGCCUUGGGGAACCAGGGACUGGCUUGGGAUGGAGCCGGGAAGGCCCCGUCUGGCCGGCUGGCUGUCAUGUGGGCCGAACAUCACCAGGGGGAGCCCUCUUCCUUGGCAGAAGUCACCUCCCCCUGCCCCCCUUUCCACCUGGCUUCCCAGCCAGCCAUAGCAGCUGGACCCCCAUUAGCCCUCCGUGCCAGGGCUCUGUCCCUCCAGCUGGGAUGGUAGGAGCUAACGGCUGCUUGUCCCUCCCUCCAUCACCCCCCUCUUCUGCUUCCUCCAUCUGGGAGGCUUGGCUUCACAGAAGGGAGGCAGAGGCCCAUGGCCGACCACUGUCCCCUUGACCGGCCAUACCCUGUGACUGGAGAGGGCUACUCGUCAUAAUUUUAAAUCAGAGUGCUUGGAUUUCAAAAAUAUUUGCAUGCCAUUUGCACAACUUUGUAUAUUGGAUCCCUACACUCUGAAUCUCUGGAAUAAAUUUGUAAUUCGGUUCAAAGUCAAUAUUAAGGAUACUAGAUGUAUAAAAUUUAAAUGUUUUAGAAAUCAAGCCAUUUAAUUUGAUUUUGGAUUAAGAUACUUCCCUCCACAGUGCUCCUGGCUCCCUCAUACAGUCUGACAAGAAAAUGGGAGUGUGCUCCUGGCCCCCAGGCCCUCCUUCAACCCUUCUUCCCUGCUCUGAGCUGUGAGAGAACCCCCUUCCCUCUCCCUUCUGUGGCCCACCACUCUCCCAGAGCACAUCCUCUUCUCCCUGCCCUCACCCCUUAUUCCUAGGCCUGCCUUCCGCCCUUUCUUCCAUUUUCAUUCUUUUGCCCUCCCAUGCACAGAUUCUGCAUAGCUUCUUUUUGAAACCUCAGUGUGGGAGAUCCAGGCCCCCUUCCCUGAGACAGCUGGCUGCUGUGCCAAGGUCUGCUCAGAAUUAAUAAUAAUCAUUAGCUGACAUGGUGCCGGUGCCUCUCAGCUCCAGAUAUCUAAGCACUUUGAAGGCUGAGUCAGGCAGCCCUUAUAUCCUCCCCGCCUCCCCCACCCCCCAUGGGGUGGUAUCUUGGUGGGAAGGAAAGGAGGAGUCUUAUCUCCUAAGCUUUUCAUUGAGGAGUCUCUCCUUUCUCAGUGGGAGGAUAGAAUUCUGGUGUCCUACAGGGGCCCCCAAGACAAGGCAUACACAACAGCAGUGUAAGGAUCUGGCUCAGGCUGGUUGGUGUCUGAAUAUCCUAGCCCUGGUUUUUCUGAGGGCACUUCCUUCCAGAGCUCAGGGCUCUGUUUGUCUGACUUGUGUCCUUUGGUGGGAAGAAUGGGACACCCCAACUCAGACCUGGGCUCUGCCACUGAACGACAUACUAACUUCGGAAAGUUUGGGGAGGAGGCAGGUCCAGUGAAGAACACACUGGAUUCAAGUUCUGAAACUCUUGCCACUUACAAGUCACUUGACAAGAAUCUGUAAAAUCAUCUGUAAAAUGGGGAUAUCUUGUACUACCUACCUCAUAGGAUGGUUGUGAGGAUCACAUCAAAUGAUGGAUGUGAAAGUGCUUUGUAACUGUAAAUGCUGUGUGACCAUAAGCGGCUGUAACAGAUAAUGAAAGCACUUUAAAAGACAUAAAGCACUAUCCAAGUAUAAAAUGGUGGUAUUUGGUCAUUCUCGUCCUUUUGCUGCCUCUAUGCUCAGUAGGUGCUCAGGUAACUUUUUAUUGCGAUAUUGGGAACCUUCUGAAGGUCUCCCAAGUCUCCUUUUACAGGAGGGGUCUUUUCUACCCAGGGACCCAAGACUUCUUUCUUGGGUUGUUGUUUCAUUUUGUCAGCCUCAGGCUGUUGGAACCUGGAUCACAAUCCUAUUCUUCCCCCAAGCUUUCUAUUGAAAUUAAAAGGAAAAAAAAAAAAAAAAAAAAAAAAAA